AUGAGCAUAGAGGAUGUAAUGUUGGAAGCCCAGAAAGUAGGAUAUCAAAUAGAUGAAAAGACAGUGAAAAGUAAUUUUGAAUAUUUUAAACAUAACCUAAAUAUGUGUGUUUGUGCACUUUGUUAAUGCGGAAAUUGUUAAUGCAGGAAUCCCAGAUUUUAAUUGGCUACUUGUUAUCGAAAAUUGUCCUUAACACCUAAGGUCAGUGUAAGAGAUACUCCUAUCACUAUAAGUCCAAGUUUUUAUGAGACAUAUGAGAAUUCUUAUAGGUAGAUGCAAGGUCUCCCAAAUUAGUUUGUUACAAGCAAUUAAAGGUAAUAUAGAGGAUUCAGUCUGACUGAUACUCCUGUGAGAUCUGUUAAAUCUGGAGUGGCAAACUCUGUUUCUUUUGAAGGAAAUACCAGCUACAAAGCAUUCUAUUAAGACAAGCCUAAACAAAAGUAUUUGCAAUUUAAGAGACCUUAUGAAAAGCAUACAGGUCCUUUAAAAAUAACUUAAUUGAAAACGCAGAAUUAAAGGGCUUAUUAAAGGCUGAAGAUAGAGUCCUAAUCAGUUAGUGUGGAUUAAAAUUAGAGGGACCAAAUUUUUAAAUCGUACUAUUUAAUUCAUAAAGUCAUUAGCAAUUUUUCGAUUCCAAUGAAUACUAUGUAUUAAUCUUCUUUUAAAGAAAUUGGUCAUUUAAGUUAAUCAGUGGGUAGAGAAGAGUGCAAAAAGAGGAAAUAAGAGGAUCUUUAAUGCAUAAAUCAAAUCAAGUUGCCUUUUUAAGCAAAAUCAGUUUCAAACUAAUAGUAUAGAUAUCACCCUCUGUUUUUGUGUCCAGCCAAAUUAUAAAAAUAUUAAUGAAUACUUAUAAUUUUAAUCAAGAGUAAAUCAAGCAAUUUAAAGAGCUCUUUGCAAUGUUCGACAAGGAUGGAGGGGGAACCAUUUCAAACAAAUGAACUCUGGAAUCUGAUAAAGAAUGUGGAGAAAAUCCUACACCUUAAUAAUUGAAGG